CACGUGUGAUCACGCGGCACCCUGCAGUCUCGCUUCUUAGAGUUUAAAUUCAUUUGUUGUGCUUCACACAACAUCCACCAGGUGGCGCCUGGAACAACACACUGCAGCUCAACACACAGCACACUGACAACAAUGCAAUGUGUGUUCGCUUAGAUUUAAGAGAAAAUAUGAGAGUUAAAAAGUGUUGAUUCUGGUGUUGAUUUGAAAGGCAUCAGCACUUGCAGUGAAAGUCAGUGGUGGGGUUAAUGGAAUUACAGCGAGGUGACGUGAUUGACACUAGUGAGGAGUUGAUCCAAUUUCCGGUCCUUGCCCCUGAUUUCCUCUUUGUGUAAUGGCGGAUGACCACGAGGAGAGGACGGCGUUCAAACAGUUAAAGGCAAAUUUGGGCUUGCAAGAACUGCAGCUCGUCAAGUCUCUUCAAGUUCACAGACACCACGGAGGAGGAGGAGGAGGAGGAGGAGGAGAUCUUCCAUGAACUGAUUGAAGGCAGUCCACAAUUAUGCCUAACUGUAAGAUGUUCAGAAGAAAAUGUUUUUGCUGGCUUGUCUGACGAGUUUUCACCUGCAAGAUCUUCAACCCCCAGCACAAGCACUGAUGCUCUUUCACUCCCUUCUACUGACUGUGAAGAGACUGAGAGAGCAGUCCAGAAUCAAGCAGCAAGGGCCAGCAACAGUUUUGGCAUAGAUGCUGAAAAGGCAAGAUGAAUUGUCCAAGAUGCCCUGGAGGUGGUGGUGGUGGUGGUGAAGAUGCGCUUGAAGAAUACCAUACAACUAAAACUUUAAAGCACAGCACCAGACGUCAGCUUGUUAAUAUUGUUGUCAGUCACAUGACAGAGAUUCAUGGGAGGAUCCCUACAUGCAAACAGCGGGAGACUUAUGCCUUGGGCAUUGUUUCUCUCUUUCCUAGCCUGAGAGACCCUUUUUCCACAAAAGGCUAUGAACAUUUCUACGAUCCAGAAAAGGGAACAGGGUACGUCUGCUGGCGCCUAAAAACUUUGUUGAGAAAGAACCCAAAACGAGCUCGCUUAGAGAUGUCUGAAAGUGGAGGACCAAGUCGGUGAAGAAUGACGGACGUUGGGCAGCAGCUUGAAGGAGAUGCAUGCAGGGAGGCAAUUUCCUUCCUUGUCCACGCAGCUGAUGAAGCUGAAGUUAUGCAGAAGAUGAAGCAAACUUUUAAGCAUAGACAAGAACUGGUACACAAUCCUGAAAGAUCAGCUGAUGUCCUCAAUAUAUUUCCAAGAUUUCUGGAUGUGAGAGGAUUGAUAAAUCAGGACUUUUCGCUGCUGUUCAAUUCUGAAACAUCCAACAAGUUGCUUGAGAGGUGGGAGACUGCAUUUAAGCAGAAGAUAAUCAAUGAAGCCCAAUCUCUUACUUCAACAGCAGAAAUUCAGAGUCUUAUCAGUGCAGCAGAGGGACAAGGAUCUGAAAAUGGGAAGAAGAAGACUAAGAUCUGCUCGACAGAGGCUGUUGAGAGACUUGUGAAUUUCCAUAAGUCCUGCACCAGUAUUGAAGGCCUUAUCAGUGGGAGGGAGAGUCACCAGCCAUACCUACUGGCAUCUGGAAGACUCAAGAGCAAGAUUGACAAAUUCUAUGUGGUUGUGGACAAGCACCUCAUCCCUUGUGCAGUCGAUGAGCUCUUCAAAGUUCACUAUGUGUUCAACCUGUCAUAUGAGGGAGCCCUUGUCAAUGUCUUCACCUUCCUGCAGACCACAAUCUACAACAUUGAUAUUGGUCUUACCAGUGAGUCUCCCCGCGUCAAGGAAUUGCGUGCAAAACUGUUAAACUAGUUUAAUGUUGAAGUGUUUCCGCUGUCAAACUUUGCACACAAACAGCCACUCUUUGAUCUCUCAUUUAAGACUCGCACACAGUUUCUAUCCUUUGUUGAAUUUCAAGUUAUGUGCACAGACUGGCUGUAGUCGGCAGUAUUAUACAUAUUCUGGGUUUCGAAAGCAUUUGAACAGUGCUCAUGUUACUGAAUCCAGUCCAGUUCUUGAUUUGCCAUCUGGUGAAGUGUUAACUCCCAGUGUUAAUCAGUCAGGUUCUUUGUUUGUUGGAGAAAGUGAUCCCCGAGUUGCUCUCGUUGAAAAUGUGAGCCUCUCUAGAGGAGAGGUGGCAGAUAUAUGUGCCUCAAUAGUGGCCAAAUUACAGAGCAGUGGAGUAGCCAGUAACUUGGUGUCAUCGGUCAUUUCGGAGCUUGAGGACCUUAUCACAGAAAUUCAUAACCAAAUUCGCCAAAAUGUGAUGUCUGUCAUUCCUCUUGAUAACCCAGUCAGAUCAGCAGCUGAAGAUAGUUUAGGUCAUUUUGAGAGUCCCUUUUCUAUGUUUAACAGUGAAACAAAAAGAAAUGAUUAUUUUGUUAACAAAUGGGCUGUAGUUGAGCCUGUCGAAAUUAUUCUUGGCAUGAGAUACGACACUAGGAGAAACAAACAAACAGGAUGUUAUGAUCAGGUACCAGUUCUACAGGCCUUUUGAUCUGCAGAGUUCAUAUGGGUCAGAUGACGGUGAAUACAUUGUACCCUCGUUUGUGAUGGUUUAAUUUUUCUUAAAUAAAAGUUAAAACUGA